CGAGGCGCUCUGCGCAUGCGCCGGGCGGCGCUUUCCCGCCCUGCCUCGCGCCCAACGGCCGCCGCGGCCGCCAUGGAGGAGCCACCGGCGGGGACUCGCGGGCCGGCAGCCGCCUCGCCCCCGCCGGCCGGCGGGGCGGAGGAGGAGCGUUCCGCCGGCGGAGCCCGCCCUGGGGGUGCAGCGUCAGAUCCUGACCCUGGAGAGAAGAAGGUGGAUCCUGAGCAGUCUGUAAAGCAACCUGACAUAACUGCCAUUAGCAAGAAUAAUGUUAGUCCCUGUGAGACCGCCAGAGCGGCUACGAAUGAAAGAUCCCACCGAAGUCCCAGCCUCAGGAAAAGCUUCCUUGGACCUAGUCCCAAGAAGCUGUCUCCCUGUAGGAGGAGUCCCAGGAAAGACCAUAUGUUGAGUUCUUUUAACUUGUCCCCGAGACUGCUCCUCUCCACUCCUCAAGCCAAGCGUCGCUCUUGGUGUCGUUCGAGCCUGAAGGGGACAAAACGCCGAAAAUCUCUGCCUCCUGUUCACAAGGAUGUCACUGAAUUGAGCCAAUCAAUUAGCCUGGAUCUGCCAGAGAUAGACCGGCUUUCUAUGCUGCUGUUGUCUAGUUUCCAGUUUUCUGCACAGAAGCUCGAACAUGUCUUGAAGCAAAGUGACGGCUUCAGCCCCGAGGCUUUCAGAGCUAAUGUGCAGUCGGUCUCAGAAGACCUGAAGCGAUACGUGCAGAAGUUGAAGCGGGACGGAACGCUGAAGACCUGCAUAGAAGACCCUAAAGGGGUUUUGCUGGACUCUGCUUUGGAUGAGUCGGUGGCCCAAGUUAAGGAGUACAUUGCCAGGUUCACCGCUGAAUCUCAGGCCUGGGAUCGGCUCUUGCUGCGCCACCAGGAGAGCGCCGAAGGCACGUCCAGGCGGCUGGAGGAAUGCAGGAGGAGCCAGGGACAGGCAGAGCCUCUCAGCUACCUCCAGACGUCUCAGGCCCGAGUCCUCAGCACCAAACCCGACUACCGGAAGAUCCUGGCUGACCAGGGGGAGGUCUUGAGCUGCAUGGAGCUCGUGCUCGAUGAACUCCAGCAAGCGGUGAAACUGCUGCAGGCCUUCAGUCAGGACAGCCAGCAGUACCUCCAGCGCCUGUCGGAGCAGCUCGCCACCAGGACCUUCCGGCAUAUGGAGAACUCCCCUGUGCGCAAGCUGAUCUCUGCUCCGCCGAGGAAGACGUUGCCGCCGGAUGGCUGAGCGGGGUGGGGGGGCUGCGGGCUGUCGGUGCUGCUGUCAAUAAAGGCGGUGGGAGCUCGGUGGCGGCCCGGUGCCCGGUUUCCCCGCGCUUCCGUCUUUGAAACCGU